CCCCGCACACCCACCACUCUCCUACUUGUCCACCUCCCUCUUUGCUCCGGUCAACCCUGCGUCGGCCCCGAUCGAUCUCCGCCUGCCAUGUCGCCCGACGACGCGUCCAGGAAGUCGCCCGUGCCGCCGCCGUCUCCGCCGCCGAUGGACUCGUGGGCUCGUGGAGGGCGUCGCUCCAGGCGCCGUGGGGGCAGCUCUGGCGGCGGCGCCGAGUCCGAGGAGGAGUACCUGGCGCUCUCCCUCCUCAUGCUGGCGCGCGGCGUCCGCGGCGAGGUCGAGGACGGCGGCGUCGGAGGCGUCAAGGGCGUGGGAGCGGCGCCGGCGCCGACCAAGGCGCAGGGGUACGAGUGCUCCGUGUGCGACAAGGUCUACGCGUCCUACCAGGCGCUGGGCGGCCACAAGACGAGCCACCGGAAGCCCCCGACGCCGCCAGCGGCGUCGGCAGGCGGCGACGAGGCUUCCGGCGCCGCCCCCGUGGAGGCCAAGGUGCACCAGUGCUCGCUCUGCCACCGCACGUUCCCGUCCGGGCAGGCGCUGGGCGGGCACAAGCGCCUGCACUACGAGGGCGGCGCCGCGGCCGACGGGACCGGCAAGGACAAGGAGGCCGCCAAGGCGAAGGCGGCGGAGCUGCUGAGGGACUUCGACCUGAACCUGCCGGCGUCGGGGGUGGCCGGGGACGAGGCCGAGAGCGCGCCCCCGGAGGCCAAGAGGGCGCGGUUGAUGCUACUAGCAGUCUGAUCAGUGGCGGCGGCGCGGCGCGGCGCGGCGCGGCGCGGGAUUUAGGUUUUUGAUUGAUGGUUUUAGGAGGAAUUCCUCUCUAGGUUUUCGAUUGUUGUUUGGUUGGUUCAAUUCGUUCUGGCCCUCGAUUGGAAUUGCGGCGUUGAUAUGGUAAGCGCUGGCGUGGCUAGCUGGUAAUGGUAUUACCAAAUUUGCUUACCUGUCCAUAUUUUUGACUCUGGCCGUCGGAUAAAGAAUCGGGCGGCUAGCUGGGAAUGGGAUAGGACUUGCUGUGUAAGCCUUUGAUCAAAUCACAUAGAAACUUUUCUUCUUUCCUU